UCUCAAAGCACUCCAAAAAUGUUUUUUCUCGAAUCUAUAUUUGCAUCCAUCUAUCUGAUCCUGGCAAAAUCAACUCGAUUCAAUACUAUCUACCCCAUUAUGUUGGUCUGGCGCAGUCUACUUCUUGAACUAUGGCGCCGAGCAGACAAGUCAGCCUCGACGAUACAGAAAGAUGACGAUUCUUUAUUAACCACUGUGCCGAUCAUAUCGGUCAAAUUCACCAAUAAGAAGCAGAAUAGCGACUAUCUCCACACGAAUUUCGAGCUAACAACUGAGCCUCUCACCACUAAAUCUGCCGAUUGUUCGGCAAUAGCAUCUGCAUUGAUGCAGCCUGUCGAUCCACCUAUUUCUGUCGCAACGUCCUCCCAAGCCUCACAAAACCCGAUCUCCUCGCCUCGGGCCGCGACCGCUUCAUUCCCAUUUGGUAUGCAUAUCCCCCGUCUUCUUGGUCACUUGGAUACAGUCUGUCUACGGGCUGAAGAUUUGGUGUGCUUGAGACUGUUUCUCAGAUGCCGACCGUCGGAUUAUAAACUACACUCGCUCUCCACUAUUUACUCUUCGCCUUUGCCCUCCCAUUCACCUUCCUCCUUCCUACAUGGACGACUAGAAUCUUCGACUUUUUCGCAUCCAGACCCUGCACCAGAGGCAAGUGAGGAGAUUUCGGAGGCCUGCUCUGUAAGGCAAGACGAAAAUGUGCAAUUUAAAUGGCGAGAAGUGUCUGAAGCAGCCAACGGUCAAGCGGGACACUUACCUGAACCGCCACAUUUAUCGACUUCGACACAAUCCUAUAUAGUGGCAACAGACUUCCGUUUACCGACACUAGGACAGAUCACUGAGACGGGCCGUCGUUAUAGUGAAUAUUAA